UAAUCACCAACGGGAGGAAAAUAAAAAGGAACAACAAAAAUGAAGACAUGUAUGAUAAUCUUGUUGGUGAUUUUUAGCAUCUUGAUUGCAGGAGGAGUUGAGGCUAACGGAACCAAGAGGAAAUAUCUGAAUCUCAACCCAUGUUCACGUCCUAAUCCUCCACCAGGAUGUCAUCCUCACCAUUCCCACCACAAACCCCGUGCCCCGGUUCACAAAUAUAGCCGUGGCUGCACCAAAAUCAACCGAUGCCGCCGACAUCCGUAAUGGCUGUCCUAAGCAUGAGAUCUAAUGACAUGUUUUACCUAACAUAUGCCACCACAUAAGUCAUAUUAUGUAUGGCGUUGUAUGUGUUUCAAAACAUUUCACAGGAUUAAUCUUCAGUAUUGGCGGUGACAUGCUCACGGGGGUUUAAUUUGAACUUUAAUACAUCCAUGUGUCAUAUAGUAACAAUUUUUUUUUUACGAAGCCAAAUAAU